AUUCUGAAGGGUGCUGUGUGGAAUGACACGGGGGGUUGGAACACGUGCAGGCAUUGGUUAAUGAACUGACGUGCGCGGCUUGGAGUCCAUCCAGUGCGCCAACCCACCGACCGACCGGAUACAACUCCUGAUCAGCUCGUCAGUCUCCAAGUCACUCUGGCUGUGUGAGGACGCAUGCCUGUACAUAUAUUAUCGCCGGAUCGCAAACUGAGCGGCCAUCACUAUAGUCCAAAUUGUAGGCCUUGUCGAACCCUGCGAGGGAAACGCCAAAAGUUCGUCAGUAUCUUUGUUUCUUUUAAACAACAGCCAAUCCAGUAAUUGCAACUUAAGCAAGGACGCGGGAUUACUAUAUAAGCCAGCUGGAAUUAAGGCGCUGAACAAAGAGACGUUUUGGGAGAGCUGGUCCAUUGUCACAAAACACAAGUGGAGGCAACUGGAGCGUGGUGGACUGAAUUCAAGAAGUCAAUCGCAAGAGAAAGUCGCUCUGUAAUCGACGUGACCAUAGAUGUCGAUAAACUCUCCUAACGCUUUCGUUUCUCCUUAGACGGCGGAGUGGCAACAACUAAUGACUUGCCGUUCGAUACAUCUUAUAGGUCGGGAAACUUAAUAAAGCCGCUAACUCGAAUAAAGACACGGUCCACUACAACUGAAGCGACAAUUAGGAUUGUUGAAUUAGAGCUCUAGGCAACAUUCUUGGCAUUAUUUGCGUCUUCCUGCAAAGCGCUGGAAGAAGCUGCCACGCCCGCAAAAGGGAAGCAGUGAAGUUACUGACUUUAACAAUCAGACAAUUGAGACAGAAGUAUACUGCAAACCAGCGAGAUGCAUGUUUCUAUUUACCUGCUGAGUGUGGGAUUGUUCGCAUGUCUAUGCCAAGGCGAUCAUCCACCUGUCCCAGCUGACGCGGCAGUUGAAAUUACAGGAGUAGAUGAAAGUGCCGACAUCGGUGCCUUACGGGCCCGGUAUCAAUUGCAGUAUUGGAGGCAUCGUUAUCCAAUCCAAAGCAGGGUCGCGUUCUGUAGAUACGGAGAGUACCGUCGAAGGGAGUGUUGCUACGGAUGGAGGUACCACGGAGCGGAAUGUGCACCAAUCUGUGAAGAUGGAUGCAACCAUGGUAAAUGUGUUGGGCCAAACCGCUGCCAGUGUGAUAAGGGUUACACAGGCGCGACAUGCGAUCGAGAUUUUAACGAGUGUAGUACCAAACCCUGCUCGCACAGAUGUGUGAACGGCAUCGGCAGUUUCCGCUGUUUUUGCCCGACAGGUCACGUGCUGCUUGAGGAUAAGGUCACGUGUCACCUGGAUUACAGGUGUCACCCAGAUAGAUGCGCCUAUGGAUGCGAGCAGGUCGGCUAUAACUUCAGGUGUCUCUGCCCUGACGGCUUGAAGGUCUCAGCGGACGGAUUCCACUGUGAAGAUAUUGACGAGUGUGCAGAAGGUCUGGUCAAGUGUCCAUCUGACCAGCGGUGUCGCAACACGUACGGUAACUACAUGUGCAUGUGCAAGGAGGGUUUUGCCUUCCAACUCAUCAACCGUCGUCUAAUCUGCAAAGAACGCAAUCAGUGUGUUGCCCAAGGCCUGGUCUGUGACCAGAACGCUUACUGUGAUGAGACUGGAGCCAUCGCAAAGUGCGUCUGCAACGAAGGCUACGUCGGCGAUGGUCAGACUUGUCUAGUUGUCGACAUCAAUGAGUGCGAGACCGGCGAGUAUGAAUGCCACGCAAACGCCACGUGCAUCAACACACCUGGUUCCUACCAAUGCCAAUGCAAGCCUGGAUUCGUCGGCGAUGGCCAGACUUGUGUUCCAGUCGACCAGACAACUUGCUCUGACCGUCCAUGUUUCCAGGGAGUUCGCUGCUUUGACAUUCCCAUCCGUGGCGAUAUCGAUCUCGGCAGUGUAACCGUCAUCAAGCGUUAUCAGUGCGGGGAAUGCCCACGUGGGUACGAGGGUGAUGGCGAGACAUGCGCAGACCGGAACGAAUGCGAGGAAGGGACGUUCCUCUGUCACCGUGAUGCAGCUUGUGUCAACACCGCAGGCAGUUAUAGGUGUGAGUGUAAGGAAGGAUUCGCCGGUGAUGGCCGGGUCUGCAUUCCUCUUGAUCCUCGCACAUGCGCAGACGGGCCCUGCUUCCCAGGUGUCGAUUGUGAGGAUAUUCCACUGCAAAGAAUCCUCAACUCACGAAACUGGCGACAAUUGGACAUCAUCAAACUGUUCAGAUGCGGUCCCUGCCCUUCAGGUUACCAAGGAGACGGGGAGAAUUGCCAAGAUAUAGAUGAGUGUGCACGACGUCUCGAUAACUGCCACGCAGACGCCACAUGCAUCAACACGCCAGGGAGUUACCAAUGCGUGUGUAACCCAGGCUUUGCAGGGGACGGUACCCUCUGUGUACCUAUCGAUCCUAGAGUGUGUGCGGACCUGCCUUGCUUCAAUGGUCGAGUGCCAUGUCGAGACUUGGCCCUGCAGGAUGUCUUACAGACCAUUGAUCUCGCCAACACCGCCCUCAUUAAACUGUUCGAGUGUGGUUCGUGUCCGGAAGGCUACUUUGGCGAUGGAGAAACUUGUCGAGACAUAGACGAGUGUGCCCUGAAUCUGUUCGAGUGCCACCAGAAUGCGACCUGUAUCAACACCGAGGGUGGCUACCAGUGCCUAUGCGAUCCUGGAUACGUGGGAGAUGGCAAGCGAUGUAGACAGAUCGACCCAACAACCUGCCGUGACAAUCCCUGUUUCUCGGGAGUGGUGUGUACCGACAUACCGCUGGACAGGAACAAUAUUGACCUGGAUAGUACCGAGGUGGUCAAGCUGUAUGCCUGCGGUAGAUGUCCGCCUGGCUACCGAGGAGAUGGAGUCAACUGUGUCGAUAUUGACGAAUGCGCGGAAGGGCUGUUCUCUUGUAACGAGAAUGCCACCUGUGUCAAUGUGCCAGGAACCUAUGAUUGCGUGUGUAAAGAUGGAUUCUUUGGCGAUGGACAGACGUGCAUACCGCUUGAUCCUCGCACCUGUGCGGACCAGCCUUGUUUUGAGGGCGUGGAAUGCACCGAAGUUAACCCCAAUACCCUGGACUGGAGAUCGCUACCCAUCAUCAGACUGUUUGCCUGCGGUGACUGCCCAGAUGGAUACGCUGGGGACGGGGAAACAUGCAAAAAGCUGCCUCCGCCCAUCGUCGUCCCGAAAUAUGUCAACUUGACGGUGGUCGUGACGGACGCAGUCAGCGUGCGAGAGCCGCUGAUCUCAGGCGCCAAAGUCACGGUCUAUGUCCCGGACGAGAAGGAGGGUACGAGGGCCUACGCGGCCGCCACCACUGCCUUCAAUGGGAUCACUAAGGUUGCUGUUCCUCAUAACCAGUCUGUACUGAUCGGUGUGGAACACGAUGAUUUCCUGUCCAAAUCGGCAUCCUACAAGGCUUAUCUAUCAACAAACAAUACGCUGACUUUGGAACUGUAUGAGUUUGAUGAACUGACCGAAUUCCUGUACAGACCGAAGACAAGCCGAGCUCUGGAGUUUGGCGAUCUACUGAGACUGGACAUUCCUAAAGGUGGUCUACAGGUUCCUGAUGGAGAACGGGUGUCGAUUGAAUGCCGACCUCUCAACAUAACAGUCAUCGAAGCACCGUCUGAGGGACCUGAAUUAGUCGCAGGAAUUCUGAACGAGGAGACAGGUGAGAUUGAGCUGACUGGUUUAGAGGUGUUUGGCAUGACGGAGCUGAAGUGUCUAGUAAGGAACCGACGUGGCAUCAGGAGGCCUCCCAGGGACCUGGCACCUUUCACGAUCUCCAUGGCCGUCAAUGACCUGGCUGAGGAUCCUGAGAUACCUAUGCAAGCAUGGCGAUACCACGAAGACAAGGGUUACUGGGUCGCAGAGGGUGACGUAGCUGGCGUGGCAGGCGUAGCCUCGGAAGACACAGAGCCGGUCUUGGAGCCGCGAGCCGACAUUACCGCGGCAGAAGCCGUUGAUACCACGUCCAGACUCAUGUGGCAGUUCAAUGCUAGGAAUUUCGGGUACGCCUGGUGGGCCUUUGGACGGACUUGGAAGGACACUAGUUGCGUGCGGGUCAGUGCCUGCUACGAUGUCGCCUGCCGAUUCCCAGUAGAGAACGCACUCAUCGAACUGUAUGGUAUUGACUUCCGUUACACGACGUCCCGCAAGACUGGCCCAGACGGCACCGUGUGCAUUCCAUAUAAGACUGGCGGUCGUGUGUUGCUCAAGGCUCCCUGCAUCAACCAGCAGAAGGAGGUACCCUUUGCGUCCUCCAUGCCUCCGUCUUCUUGCAACGCUGAUACAAAUCAGGAUGUACUCGCCAAGAAGGGAGAUGGCCUGGUGGGAGUGUGCGCGGAAGAAAACUUCCUUUUCCCCUAUCAACCGCAAGAUUCGUGUGGUGACCCCGGUGAAGUGGAUGGAGCCAUCAGAUUCGGCAAUGAUUUCACUCAUGGAAAUGAGGUGAUAUACGUGUGCGAAGAUCCAGCCUCCACACUGGAAACCAACACGCGUGUUUGCAUGAAGUGCGGCGAGUGGAGUGGCACUGAACCUACCUGCUUCGGGAUGAUUGAAUCUGACUUCUCUUCCAUCUUCGGUCGCUAAAAGAUUCUCUUGUGGGAACAUCUCUCCAAGACCUUCGAUAUCCCCUCAUAUCGCUUUAAAUGUAGCAAUAAGUCAAAUAAUUUUUGACAUAAAAAGCUUUGGCUUCUUAACAACAUGAAGUUUAAUGUUGCUUAUUUUUUAAUACGUUUCAUUUUCUGCACCGUGUGCGACUUUUUUUAUUCGGUGUUUCAAUGGUUGUGUUGGUUGAACGAUUUUUUGCGAAUGAGCCUUAAAACAGGAUGCCGUUUGACGAAUCAUAUUAGGCUAAAAUCUUGGUUAAAACCUGGCGACAUAUCCCAUAAAAUGACACUGAAUUCAUAGACACCGUGAUGCUGAAUAGAAACAGUGCUGUAUCUGUCCAUUGGAGGAGUGGCUAAAUUAAGAUCCCCAAUAUGCCUGCUGCCUUGUCAUUUAUUUCACACCCAGUCUGCAGUGCAUGAGAAACAACGGCAAUACUUGAGCGGAAUCGGAUGUGUAUUGGUCUUCAUUGUUUAUCAUGACGCUUUCCGUCCCUUGUGAAGCCAUAGAAAUAGAAUGACAGUGGGACAACUGAAUCUAGACACAAAAUGUUGUUACCUGACAUAAAAACCAUUAUAUUCAGAUUUCUGCAAUUUAAUUAAACCACUGUGUACAGGUUGGGCCACUUUUUAUCUUUCUUUUUUUAGAUAUACAUGUACCACGUAAAUUUGCACCCCUUUAUUAAUUUUACCAAACAAUUCUGUUGAAAAUGUUUCUUUGUUAGAAAUUAAGCAAAGACCUAUACUAACCAAAAAAGUGCUUUUAAAAUUGAGCUUAUUUUGCUUUUUCUAUUUGACAAGUCUGUCUAUUAGCCGUUAACACGUCCCGAGUUCAUGCAUUGGUGGAAUUAAUCCCUAUGAUCCUAAACACGAUCGUAGCCCUUGUGAUGUGUUUGUGGCGGCCCCCCCCCCCUCGUCAACGUGUGCUGGAUAACAUUUUGGACUUCGUUUUCUAUCUCAGAAGUAGUGGAAGUAGUGCCUGUAAAGGAAAUGAACAAAUAUUGGCUAAUUUGUGCAUUUUUCUACAGUUGAAGUUCAACUUAUGAGGCCUUUUAAUCAACCGACGUUACGUAUUGGUGUUUUUUAUCAUUAAUUUCUAAGCAACGACAGGUUAUUUAAAAAAGUUUUAGAAUAGAACUGUAUAUAAACAAACUUAGCACUUGUAAUAUACUUUUAGCUUUUUUUUAAUCAAUUUUUUUAACGGAUCUUGACUUUGGACUGACCGCACCAGAGUCAGCUUCACUUUGUUCUGAAUUUAAUAAAGGGAGUUACUAAAAUGUAUUAUUUAUUGUUCCCAUAAGACUGAUGUAAACCUGAAUCAUGUCUUCCAUAUUGGGUAGAGUCUGUGAAAGUAUUGUGCGCGAUUUGCAGAGUAGCUAAUAUAAGCAGUGCCUCGUUAAUCAAUUUAUAAUAGAAAUACUUUUUUAAAACGAUUCUCCUGCGUUCGGAAUUUGUAAUUGCUGAUUGUUUAUACAAAAGAAGCUGUAUAAUCUCUGUGUAAUUUCCGACUGCCAUUUCUAGAGCGCAGCAAUGCUAAGUUUGCUAUAGCAUUGUGGCCUUUGGUGCGAUCUCUGGAAACAUGGUACAAAUAGGUUCAUUUCUUGUAAUUAGCUUCCCUUCCCUCCCCCUCCCCCCCCCCCCCCCAAAAAAAAAUGGGAGACUGUCAACAUGAAGCAGACUGGCUCAGUUGAUGGGAUGUCGGUAUAUGGUGUCCCAGAGGUCGAAGGUUCAAAUCCAGAUGCAGCCAUUUCAUUUUUUUUGUGUCGCUUUACAACGUGUACGGUAAACUAUCAAUCAAGUGAAACAGAAAUCUAAUGUAAACUUCAGGAAACUGCAGAAAAGUAAUGACAUGUAAUUUGGCAUUAUUAUGGGUGAAGAGUUUGUUGGAUAUAGCCAUGUAACGAUCAUUCUUGUUUUAAUAAACGUUCCGCUUUGUGUUGGUUUUUCAGUCUAA